CGAUCUGUGCCUCUGAACUUUACCUCUGGCCGGAGUGUGUCUGAUCUAUUUACAAAGAGACUAAGCCAGGGGGAUUGUGUCUUUUCUCAUCUGACACCAGCAGCCUGGGAGGAGAGUGUGGAAACAAACCAACAGCAUUGAGGAGCAGGCGGCUGAAUCCAUCAUGGGAGGGAAACAAAGUUCACCAGAGUUUCAUCCAGGAAAGCAAACUGAAGACAAAACGGGGGCCAGGGCAGUUACUGCUGACCAGGUGCAGUCCAACACCACAGGGAGAGGGGACCCGGAAGGCCCAAGAGCUGCCACCCCGAGCACUGAGAAAUACGAACUACAGAUUGUUCUUGUUGGUAAAACUGGAGCUGGGAAAAGUGCAACAGGAAACACCAUCCUUGGUGAGAAACUGUUUGAGUCUAAAAUUGCAGCAGGAUCAGUAACAGUGAAAUGUACUAAGAAGAGAAGGUAUUGGAAUGGCAGGGACAUUGCAGUCAUUGAUACACCUGGUCUUUUUGACACAAAAACUCCUUUAAAAGAAACUAUGAAAGAAAUAGGGCGUUGUGUGGUAGUCUCCUCCCCAGGACCCCAUGCUAUAAUUCUGGUGAUGCAGCUGGGUCGUUUCACUGAAGAAGAGAAAAAAACAGUUGAACGAAUACAAGACAUUUUUGGGGAUAAAGCUGUGGAGUACAUGGUCUUCUUGUUCACAAGAAAAGAGGACUUAGGUGAUCUGUCAUUACAUGAUUAUUUAAAAGGUUUAAAUGACAAAGAUCUUCAGAAGUUGAUGGAAAAGUGCGGGAAUCGAUGCUGUGCUUUCAACAACAAAGCGACAGGAAAGGAGCUGGAAGACCAGAUUUCAGAGCUGAUUGAAAUGACUGAUAAGAUGGUGCAACAGAAUGGAGGCUCACAUUAUACUAAUGAUAUGUAUGAAUAUGCUCAGAAGACACUUCAAGAAAAAAUUGAAAUGCUCAAAGAACUCUAUGAGAAAGAGAUGGAAGAAGAGAAAAGAGAAGUGACAUCUCAGUAUGAGGAGGAAUGUAAGGAAAUAGAUGAGAAAUUACAGAAAGAAGGCUCAUAUAAUGAAAACACUUCAAAACAACAGAAAGAGGCCCAGAGACAAAAAAUGGAAAAAGAUUUAAAGGAAAUAAAUACUAAAUACCAGGCAAAGCUACGUGAACUCAGGGAAAGAGCUGAUGAGGAUGUUACUAUAAUAGAAGCUAUUUUAAAACAAUUCUUUUCUGUAUUUUCAAAAAUCAAACACUGGUUUGAAUAAUGAUUGACUUACUAUAAUUUCUCCUUCUCUUUCCACUUUGCCACUUUUUCAAUAGUAAUGAAUGGAGUUUCAGUGCUUUGUAACACUUUAACCUCCUAAUUUGUUUCCAUUUGUAUCAGCUUCUUAGUCAGCUUUGUACUUUCAUACCCUACAGCUAAUGCAUAAAAAUAUGAGUAAAUGAAGCUAUUAGCAAUUGCUCCUUAUUAACAAUGUGUGUUGCUUCCAUUAAAGACUUUGGCUACAGCUGUUAGAUCUCUUCUGGACUAAGUGUUGGAAUAAGCUUGGGUUGAUGUAUUAUAUUAAUUGUGACUAAUAUUGUUGUCAAUAUGGUGGUAAAUGUCGACCUUAUUUCUGUUCAGGAAUCAUUUACAGAAAUCAGAAUCCGUUCAUAAAAAUAACCAUUCAUAAGUAUUCACUGAACAUUUUGGAUGAACAGUUCUCAGCUCACUGGUUGUUUGCAAGCAGUUCAUUCUGACGAGUCAGUAUUCAGUAUUUGGAAGUUGUGACUGGCAACCCAAGUCACAUGAUAUUGUUUCUCCUUAUGGACGAAAUUUUGUAAACAAGAAGAUAACAAAUGAUGCAUGAUGUCGAUUUUCAGACCAUGAAAUCUUCAAGAUUUGCAAAUAUUUUUUUCACGUUCAACUCAGCACUUCUAUUCACUAAACUAUUUGUGACUAAAUGUUUUAAAAAUAUUCAACCAGUUCUAACUGCAAUGUAUCUCCCACAGUCCUACCACAUUUACCUAUGGAUAGAGCCUACCUGUAAUCAUGUAAUGUACUUCUCCUAUAUUUUCCUGUUUAGCUUUUAAUUUGCUGUGAAAUGUCAUGUGAUAAUUUCCAUGAAUUAUGAAUGAUGCUAUGAAAAUAAAUUCUAUUAUUUGUAUUUAA